AUGAGGGAGGUUGCAGGAAGGAGGGAGGGAAGACCAAGACCUUACAUGGUAAUAGGAACUUAUUAUAAGUUUCGAUUUCCCAGAAAUCAGGUGGUUUACAAGAAAUCAGGUGACUUACAAGAGAUCAGGUGGUAUUCUAUUCUGCAAAUCUAUACAAAGGGGGCACACCCUGACUGGGUGUGCAGGUUGCGUACUUAUCGCCCUGUACCUUUGCUUUGCAUAUGCACUUCAAAUAGAAUCCUGUUAAUAACCUGCAAGGACAUUUUGCCGCUUUGUGUGACUCUGUGCUUCGGGGACUCAAUAGCAGAUGUGGUUGGUCCUUCAGUUUGAAAUGCUGUAUCACUGUAAGUUUUAAGAUGUUCUUGAAAACUCUCUGCUGUUGCUUUCCUGAAAUUUCAGGAUUGCACUUAGGCCUUGAUAGUUUUGGUGUUGUUCUGCCCUUGUUUAUACUGUGAUUUUACUGGGGUGAGUGCUGUUUCAGUAGUAUCACUAGCUACUGCUGUUUUAUUGUUGCCCAUUUUUUCAGCUAUGAUGUUUUAUGUAUUGUUAUAAAUUUCCUUAACUUAUAUAUUACUGUGCAAUGACAUAAGAAAGCUUUUUUCUAUUUAAAAAUGAUGUUGUUUAGUCGUGUCCGACUCUUCGUGACCCCCUGGACCAGAGCACGCCAGGCACUUCUGUCUUCCACUGCCUCCCGCAGUUUGGUCAGACUCAUGUUGGUAGCUUCGAGAACACUGUCCAACUAUCUUUUAAAAAUGAUAUAAAUUCACUAAUAAAUGAAUACAUUCAGAGACCAAUGUGAUGGGGGAGGCAGUGUGGCUACUGAGACAAUACUCGUGCAGCCCACGCAGAGAAAGGCACCCACAGGACAGAUACACAGCCCCCCCGCCCCAGAUGAUCCAUGCUCAGGAUUAUUGACUCCUCUCUGCUCGCAUGACUGAUCCAAUGGCCAAGGAGGGAGGCAUUGACAUCCCCAUCGGGGAACUGCCCGCCCUAGUACUAUGGGUGCUGACUCAGACCCCUGAACUAGGGCUUAAUUUGGAAAGCCGGGGGCAACUGGAGUAUAUGCAGAAUCAGGUGAAUGUUGAAAUUGCAGUGGGUCUUUUCCAUGCAAAUGUGUUGCUUGGCAUGGGGAAAAUAGAAUUGCCAAUGAAAAUUCUCCCUGUGGAUUUCACCCAUCCCUAACCAGUGUGCUUGAGCAUACUGCACAAUGCAUUUAAAAUACUUUCCUUGAGGUGGCAUUGAUGUUCAAAUUAUUAUUAAUGGGCUUUCUAAAGUGCAAAACCUGCAAAGUCCAAGGAGGAAUAAAUUCCAGUUAGGCCAUAAAAAGGAAAUGCUUGUCUCCUAAGCACAAAGAAGCAGUCUAUGCUUCCUGAUUAGUUUCCUGGUAUGCAAGCCAUGGGCACACGUCAUUAAGUGUUUGCAAACUGACAGCAACUAAUCGCUUACAGAGCCCUCUAGUCCAUCUGAAAAGAAUGUGCCAAGAAAGCUCACAUCCAGGGUUUCACAGACACUUUCCCGGUGCCAGAGGAUGAUCUCUGAACAUCUGUUUCAGCUCUGCACAUGAAAGAAUCAUAAGCGCAUUAGCUUGCAUAUUCAGUUAUCCUGUCUCCAGGGGGAAUGUGCCUGUCAACUUACAAUCGUAUCUGUAAGAUGUAAUCAUCUGUGCUGCAGCAGAUACUUGGCACGCAUACCUGCGAUGAUGAUCUUGGCAUUGUACCUGCUUUGCAGAGAAUGGGAAGCGUGCGGACGGUGAAGUGAGACCUAAUUGGGGCUGCACCUCAUUUCCUUUUCCAUAAAUAGAAAGGGAAGGAAGCGAGGGAAUCUGGGAAUCUUCUACUCACUUGCUUUAAAUACAUUAUAAUGGAUUAUCACGGUUUGAACAGUGGUGUCUCUUUCCUUAUUAUUCUCAAAUAUUCUGCAAUCAUGCUGCAUCAAACCAUGCAGUAACAUGUAAACACAAUGCAGAUCAGUAGGAAAAAUAAAUGGACUGAGUAGGUCUAAAGCAAACUGCUCUCUCCCAUUGCUCAAUCCAUGGGGCAGUCGUGAUCUGGAAACUUUCACAGUGAUCAGGAAGCAUCUCUGUUCUGAUCCAUGUCGGACUAGGUUACAUCCUUUGGCCAUGGGUUGAUGACAUACAGAGGUGUUGCAUGAACAGAUAAAACUGCCUUGUGCCGCAUCAGGUCACUGGUCCACCUUGCCCUGCCCCAUCUCCUCUGACUGACAGGGCUCUCUAAGGUCUCAGGGGUGAGUAUUUUCCAUUCCUAAAACCUGAGAACUUUUUUGGAGGAGGUGGCUGGGAUUGCAGCUGGAGCCUUCUGCGUGCUCUUCCACUGGGCUGUCAUUCUUUGCUGCCACCCCCACCCCCCGGUCACUGCUGCCCCCUCCGCCACCUGACACCCAUCAGAUGUAGACAAUGGUGCAUCCUCAUGAGCAAAGGUCACAUGAGAAUGGCUCUUGGCCCAUCACUGAACAUCAUUCCUGGACUCUAAUCUCUCCAACUUCACUCUAGUUUCUUGUGGGGAAAGGGCCUCCCACAAUGGUGCUCGUAUCCAAGAUGGUGCCACCCAAGAAAGGGAAAAUAGGAUGCCACUCCAGAAAAACAGCAUGUUAUGUACAGACUUAGUGCCAUCAUUGAGACACUUCCCACAGUUGGAGAAGUCGGCCCACCAGAUGGAUGGUGGAUAGGGAUGGGUGAAUAGAUCAGUUUUGGUUUCUUUUAGUUUCUCCUGUCAUUGAUUCUGCUCCAUAUUGAUCCAGAGCAGACCCCAAUGUAUAGUUAGCAGAGUAAACACAUAAACACUUUGCAGGAUUCCCAAAAAAUAGACCAGAGGCAAUUAGCUUCAUCCAGCAGAGUUUACUACUGAAGGCAAAUGAGCAUAACAGUCACAAUUGCAUACAUCUUCAGGAUCGGCAGAGUCAGUAAGAAAUCAAGUUGCAGCAGACGUAAAUUUACUUAAGACUUAAACACCGUAUGUACAGAACACCACACCAGAAGGAAAAGAGAGACAGACAGUGAAAGUCAGGUUCCUUCUGGCCUUGCCUUAUAAUCAGUAUGACCUUGAAAGAAAGAGAUAACAGAACCAGUUUGAACGAGCUGUUCAGCUUCUCUGAAGGAAUAACCAAAACAUCAGGAUCCUUCUGCUUGUUUCUAGGCAGAAUAGAAGCUUGUUUGCUUGCUUGUUAGCUAGAAACUUCCUGCUUGCACCAGCUUGUAGAAUAAAAAAGAGCUCUGCACUUUAAACCAAUACUUUCUGUACCAAAAAAUGCAAAACUGACACUACCACUUUGUGUCAUUGAACUGACCACAAGGGAUACAGACAGGGAAGUUGACUUGCUCUUUUCUCACCGUGGAAAAACUGGCUGUCAACCAAAGUUUGUUUCAACAGAAACAUGCUUAUCGCUGUAAAUAAAUGGUUGUGUGCCUUCUUGCAUCACAGAAUCAUAGAGUUGGAAGAGACCACAAGGGCCAUCGAGUCCAACCCCCUGCCAAGCAGGAAACACCAUCAGAGCACUCCUGACAUAUGGUUGUCAAGCCUCAGCUUAAAGACCUCCAAAGAAGGAGACUCCACCACACUCCUUGGCAGCAAAUUCCACUGUCAAACAGCUCUUACUGUCAGGAAGUUCUUCCUAAUGUUUAGGUGGAAUCUUCUUUCUUGUAGUUUGGAUCCAUUGCUCCGUGUCUGCUUCUCUGGAGCAGCAGAAAACAACCUUUCUCCCUCCUCUAUGUGACAUCCUUUUAUAUAUUGGAACAUGGCUAUCAUAUCACCCCUUAACCUCCUCUUCUCCAGGCUAAACAUGCCCAGCUCCCUUAGCCGUUCCUCAUAAGACAUCGUUUCCAGGCCUUUGACCAUUUUGGUUGCCCUCCUCUGGACACGUUCCAGUUUGUCAGUGUCCUUCUUGAACUGUGGUGCCCAGAACUGGACACAGUACUCCAGGUGAGGUCUGACCAGAGCAGAAUACAGUGGCACUAUUACUUCCCUUGAUCUAGAUGCUAUACUCCUAUUGAUGCAGCCCAGAAUUGCAUUGGCUUUUUUAGCUGCCACGUCACACUGUUGGCUCAUGUCAAGUUUGUGGUCAACCAAGAUUCCUAGAUCCUUUUCACAUGUACUGCUCUCAAGCCAGGUGUCACCCAUCUUGGAUUUGUGCCUCUCAUUUUUUUGCCCAAGUGCAAUACUUUACAUUUCUCCCUGUUAAAAUUCAUCUUGUUUGUUUUGGCCCAGUUCUCUAAUCUGUCAAGGUCGUUUUGAAGUGUGAUCCUGUCCUCUGGGGUGUUAGCCACCCCUCCCAGUUUGGUGUCAUCUGCAAAUUUGAUCAGGAUGCCCUUGAGUCCAUCAUCCAAGUCGUUGAUAAAGAUGUUGAAUAAGACCGGGCCCAAGACAGAACCCUGUGGCACCCCACUAGUCACUCUUCUCCAGGAUGAAGAGGAACCAUUGAUGAGCACCCUUUGGGGUCGGUCAGUCAGCCAGUUACAAAUCCACUGAGUGGUAGCAUAGUCAAGACCGCAUUUUACCAGCUUCUUUACAAGAAUAUCAUGAGGCACCUUGUCAAAUGCCUUGCUGAAAUCAAGGUAGGCUACAUCCACUGCGUUCCCUUCAUCUACCAGGCUUGUAAUUCUGUCAAAAACGAGAUCAGGUUAGUCUGACAUGACUUAUUUUUCAGAAAUCCAUGCUGACUAUUGGUGAUCACAGCAUUCCUUUCUAGGUGCUCACAGACUGUUUGCUUAAUGAUCUGCUCCAGAAUCUUCCCUGGUAUUGAUGUCAGACUGACUGGGCGGUAAUUAUUUGGGUCCUCUCUUUUCCACUUUUUGAAAAUAGGGACAACAUUUGCCCUCCUCCAGUCUGCCGGGACUUCGCCUGUUCUCCAGGAAUUCUCAAAGAUGACUGACAGUGGUUCUGAGAUCACAUCUGCCAGUUCUUUUAAUACUCUUGGAUGAAGUUCAUCUGGCCCUGGAGACUUGAAUACAUCUAAACUAGCCAAGUAUUCUUGUACUAUCUCCUUAGUUAUUCUGGGCUGUGUUUCCUCUGCUGAAUCAUUUGCUCCAGAUUCUUCAGGUCGGGCAUUGUUUUCUUUAUUGGAGAAGACUGAGGCAAAGAAGGCAUUGAGGAGUUCAGCCCUUUCUGUGUCCCCUGUUUGCAUUUCACCAUCUUCUCCUCUGAGUGACCCCACUGUUUCUUUGUUCUUCCUUUUGCUACGAACAUACCCAUAAAAGCCUUUUCUGUUGCUCUUAACCUCUCUAGCAAGCCUGAGUUCAUUCUGUGCUUUAGCUUUUCUGACUUUGUGUCUACACGUGCUGGCUAUUUGUUUGAAUUCCUCUUUGGUGGUUUCCCCCCUUUUCCAUUUUUUGUACACAUCCUUUUUAAUCUUAACUCAGUUAAAAGUUCUUUAGAUAGCCACCCUGGCUUCUUUAGGCACCUUCCAUGUUUCCGUCUCAUUGGUAUUGCCUGAAGUUGUGCUUUUACUAUCUCCCUCUUAACAAACUCCCAGCCAUCAUGAACUCCCUUUCCUUUUAGUAUUACUGUCCAUGGGAUCUCACCCAGCACUUCCCUAAGUUUUAUGAAGUCGGCUUUCUUAAAGUCAAGAAAUUGAGUCCUAGUAUGCUUGGCUGCUCCUUUCCGCUGUAUAGUAAACUUCAGAAGAGCAUGAUCACUCGCGCCUAAUGAUCCUUCCACUUCUACCCCACUAACCAGGUCCUCAACAUUGGUUAGGACCAGAUCUAAAAUGGCUGUUCCUCUUGUUGCUUCUCCCACUUUCUGGACAAUGAAGUUGUCUGCAAGGCCAGUGAGGAAUCUGUUUGACCUUAUGCUCUUGGCUGAGUUUGACAUCCAACAAAUAUCCAGGUAAUUGAAGUCCCCCAUUACUACUAUCUCGCUUCCUUUUGCAUGCUUGGCCAUCUGUUCCAGGAAGGCAUCAUCUAUGUCCUCCGUUUGGCUUGGGGAUCUAUAGUAAACUCCCACAAUGAGGUCACUAUUAUUCUUCUCUCCCUUAAUUUUGACCCAAAUGCUCUCAUUUGGCUUUUAGGUUCUAAAUCUUGGAUCUCUUCACAGGUAUACACAUCCCUGACAUAUAACGCCACUCCUCCUCCUUUCUUGUCUGGUCUGUUUCUCUGAAAUAGAUUGUAUCCCCCCAUUAUUACAUUCCAAUCGUGGGACUUAUCCCACCAGGUUUCAGUGAUGCCUAUUAUGUCAUAUUUAGUUUGCUGUACCAAGAGCUCAAGCUCAUCUUGUUUAUUUCCCAUGCUUUGCGCAUUAGUGUACAGACAUUGAAGUCCAUUAAUCAUUCCCCGUGUCUCUUAUUUAAGGAUUUUUUCCUCCCACCACUAGGUCUGCGUGCUGUUUGCUCCAUUUGGUCUAUGACAUUUGGAUGAUCAUCUUCAUCAAUUGAUAGACUCCUACUUUCAGGAGCACUGUCUCCCUCCCCCACAUUAGUCAGUUUAAAGCCCUCCUGAUGAGGUUUCUGAGAUUUUUGGCAAAAACAUUUCUCCCAACUGUUGUGAGGUGCAGCCCAUCGCUUGCCAGAAGUCCAUCUUCAAGAAACUGCAGUCCGUGAUCUAAGAAUCCAAACCGUUCCUGUUUACACCAUUUGUGAAGCCAGCUGUUCACUUCCACUAUUUUUCCCUCUCUCCCUGGGCCACGUCGUUCAACUGGGAGGACAGAUGAGAUGACAAUUUGUGCAUUUAAUUGCUUCAAUUUCCUGCGCAGAGCCUCGUAGUCUCUUUUGAUCUUCUGGAGGCUAUUGCUUGCAGUGUCAUUGGUUCCCACAUGAACCAAGAGGAAGGGGUAUUUGUCAGUGGGUUUUAUGAUUCCUUGCAGUCGUUCAGUUACAUCUUGGAUCUUAGCCCUGGGAGACAGCACACUUCCUGAGACAUCUUGUCAGGCCCACAGAUCACUGCUUCUGUUCCCCUCAGUAGGGAAUCCCCUAUCACCACUACACGCCUCCUCUUAGGUUUGGUCGGGGUUCUUCCGUGAGCUGUCCGUUCCAAGGUCGCCUGCACAUUCCCUGAGGACUGACUUUGCUGCUCAUCUUCAUAUACCUGAUCGACUGUAAUGAGGGAGAGCUCCUCAAAUGGAGUCUGCUCUUCGUCUUCCAUGCUAGGGGAGAGGACCUCAAAGCGAUUGUGUAUUUCUAAACAAUCAGAGCGAACCCUGGGCCUCCUACUUCUUUGAGUCACGUUUCUCCAUAUAUCUGGCUCCUGUGUUGGUGAACUAGCCUCCUUCUCAGGGAGUCCCCUGUCUCCUCCUUGGUGGAGACGGUGUGCUCUGUUGCUUCCAAGAAGAGCUCCAGCUCUCUAAUUCUUUGGAGCGUAGCUACACGUUCCUCCAGUUGCUGGACUUUGUCUUUUAAGAGGGCAAUCAACAUGCAAUUGCUGCAGGUAAAGCUGCCUGCAACCUUUGGCAAGAUGGCAAACAUUGCGCAGGAACCGCAGGCGACUGCAGCUGUUCCCUCCCCUCCAUCUUGAGAACGUGUCGUUGGGGGUGGCUACAGCGGUCCUCCAUCAUAAAAAGCAUGAAGACAGGACAAAUAACUCCCCCCACAAAAAAACCUAGGUCUCCCCCAACAAACGUUUGAGACUAGCUCCCCUAAAUCUAAAAGAUGGCUCAAACUUGCUGCCCUGCAAGCUCUGAUAAGCUCCUCCCACAGCUAAUCACCUGCCUCAACAGAAACCCUGCCCCCUCUGACCUUUGCACAGGGAGAGCAGCUAAUCAGCCACAAAGAAACACACACACACACAAGAAAACCUUUUUUGCUCCUUCUUCAACUGCUGCCCUGCAAGCUCUCAAUCAUCUAGUGGCUUCCACUGUAGCAAUAUCUCCAUACCAUUAAUACAAGCAGAAUACUCAUUCAUAAAUGGAAUUUUCUUUUUCCACCACUAAACAUUAUUUCUCCAGUGUGACCUUUGCUCACUUUCAAAAUCACUCUUUGUGUUGGUGGAUUGAAAAAACAGAUGAGCAGACACAUCGGACAGAGAUCCAUAAAUAAGCGCAGGUGCUGUUCCAAGCUCUUUCAGUCUACAAAAGUGCACUGGACAGUCCCUUGGAAGAGGUGAUACUUUAAGAGGUUUAGUACUUCCUGAUCUUCUUGAGUCAGAAAUGUUGCAGCUUUCACACAAUGUGUUGGCAUUGUAUAAUCCAGAGUCCAGCCAAAAACACAUGGAGCAUGUAUACAGCAUGGAAAUUGUAUCUAAAGGUCUCUUCCCCGUACUUUCUUCUUCUUCUUUUUAACCUCACCCCUUACUUGACAUCAGUUUGAGGCUGUACUGCAGUGGUGCCUGGAAAGGAAGGGUCUGGCACCUAAGCAUUUUGGCACUCACUCAUUCAGGGCCACCAUGUCUGUGGCUGAAUGCUGUAUGCAGGAACAGCAAAUCGUGGAGGUGGGACAAUGGUGUUCUCGAGCAUACAAAGGUUAUACAGUCAUACCUCGGGUUACAGACGCUUCAGGUUGCGUUUUUUUGGACUAUGGACCGCCGAAACCCGGAAGUACCGGAAUGGGUUACUUCCGGGUUUUGGCGGUUGCACAUGCACAGAAGCGCUGAAUUGCAACCCAUGCGUGCGCAGACGCACCGCUGCGGGUUGUGGACGUUGCGGGUUGCGAACGGGCAUCCUGCACAGAUCACAUUCGCAACCCAAGCGUCCCCUGUAUUUGCCCCCACAGGCAUGCCUAACUGUUUCUCAUGUUUACUUUGUUCCUCAGGACAAAAGAUGGCAUUCGUCAUACACUGCACACCAAAUCAUCCCUCUCAGGGUUGUAAUUGAAUAUCGCUAUUGA